AUGGCCAUCCCUGCCUGCUCCCAGUGUAUAAGAGCUGGCAAGGAAUGUGUGGGCUACCGGGAUGAGCUCCCUCUGUUGUUCCGAGACGAGAAUGAUCGCACCAUCAGACGAGCCACAGCUGUCAAGGUCCGAUCCAGAGCUCAAAGAAAGGAUGCAGGGUCCGAUGCCGCUUCUUUACCUGAUCUGCAGCUUAUGAGGUCUGGUCAUUGGACUACCACGGCUACUUCAUUACCCUCAACCUUGCCAUGCCUUGACAUGGACAACCUUGGGCUUCAAGUCUUCGUCUAUCACUUCUCCACUUACGCCUGGGCCGGCCGGUGCCCACCUCAGCCCAUUGCAUCUCCUUUUAUGCACCGGAUCAGUGAAAACGAGACGUUGAGAAGUGCKGUCGCUUCGGUCGGUUUAGCUGCUCUCUCGAAUAUUCGAAAGGACGAGGCCAUCUUACGUGGAGCACGCCAGCGGUAUGGACAAGCCAUCAGAGUAAUCCAGAACACAUUGCGAUCUAAGAAGGCUUACCUACUGGAGGGUACCAUGAAGAUGAUUUUGAUGGUGGCUCUAUUUGAGAUUGUCGACGCCACCCCGACAUCAAAGCUAUCGUGGAUUGUGCAUUUGCAAGGUGCAGCAGCCUUGCGGAAUCGGUCACCGCGUGACUUCUUCCGCAAGAACCAUCGCUCUCAUAUCAUGUUCACAUUUACUUGGAUUUUCAAAUACUUUCAGACCGGAGGACGCUUUCCGCUGGAGUUAGAAAAUUGGUCUGCGCCGGAUAUACCGGUUGAGGCCGACGAUGACUUUCCUGCCAUUUCACUGAUCGAGAUCCUCCUCAAAUUCAUCCGUCUGCAGGCCUGCCUCGCUGAUCGCAAUGAUCAACCAUUAGGCAACGCUUUGACGGAUGCACUGGCCUGCGAAAUGCAACUCGAGGUCUGGUCAACUAGCCUUCCUGCCAAGUUUGGUUACAUGGAGAAAGUUUCAACAGACACCUCACAAUACUUCCAUGGUCGCUUCCACCUUUAUGAGGACGUCUGGGCUUCGCGCAUUUUAAUACACUAUCUCGUGGGCCGCCUCCUGGUGAAUGAGCUGAUAUUACACCUGGCGCCCCUAUACGCUACCCCAACGGAGCAAAUACUACGGACGGCCCAAGCCAGCCGUACGAUUAUUCAGAUGGCUGUCGAUAUUUGCGUAGCUGCCGCAAGUCAGCCUCUGUUUCUGGAUUAUAUGAGUCUCAACAGAAGAGAUUAUAUGAGCCUCAACAGAAACGACGCAAUGCCUCCGCUUAGUGGUGUCUUCAUGUUGAUGUACCCCCUUGCGGUGGCUGCAACUGCGACUGGGGUGUCAGAUGACCUCCAUGAAUGGGUGUUGCAUACUCUCGAUCAUAUCGGUCAGACCAUGGGUAUCCGUCAGGCUUUGUUGAUGAAGGCCGAGGUAGCACAGUCCUAUCAGCACAGGUCCAAAAGUCAAAUAUGCUGUCAUCCCGCACAGGCUUCAUCGAGUCUGGAAAAUCCAUGUCUGCAAAUGACAAUGCAUGCUUAA